AUGGCGGCGGCGGCGGCGAUCCUCUCCUCCUCCGCCUUGCUUCCCGUCCAAAGCAGGGCGCUCCUCCGCCCCGUUCGCGGCCAGGGGGAACCGAUCCGCCGCCUUCUUGAGUCCUCUAUAUCUGCAGAACACCGCCGUGGGGGCAUCGUCUCCGUCCGCGCCGUCCAGGAAACCAAGGAAUCCAGGGGGGCUUCUUCUUCCUCCUCCUCGCCCCCCUCCUCAUCGUCGCCGCUCUCUUCGCCGGCGGAAGAGGCGACAGAGAAUUUCGGGCUCGAAUUCGGCCUGUGGAAGGUAAUCCUCCUCCUCAUCUCAUCUUCCCCUCUCCGAUUUUCUAUUCCGUGGGGAUUUCACGGAAGAGGAGAGAAACCCUGGGAUUAAGCUCAGAUCUCCAUUACCGACGGCUUUCUCUCUCUCUUUCUCCAUUGUUUUUUAUGCCAAUCAACUCGUUCGUGCCUUUGAUCUUGAACAGAUAUUCAGCUCGAAAGAGGGAGAGGAGGGGGAGUCGAAGACGAAGACGGACCAGGCCAAGGAGCUGCUCGCCAAGUACGGCGGCGCUUACCUGGCGACCUCCAUCACCUUAUCUCUGAUCUCCUUCUCCCUCUGUUACCUCCUCGUCAACGCCGGAAUCGACGUCCAGUCGCUGCUUCAGAAGGUCACCUCUCUGCGAUGCCGGCUGUUAUUACUUCCAUGGGGCCUUCAUGACCCUCCCCCUUACCAUCUGCUGGAAGGGGAAGGGGUGGCUUCUCACCACGAACCAGAUGGGAAUCUCAGUUCGAUGUUCGACCUCUGCAAUCUCUGUCGCAGGUGGGCAUCUCGGCGGAUGCGACGGGGGAGAAGGUGGGAACAUUCGCCCUCGCGUACGCCGCGCACAAGGCCGCGUCCCCCAUCAGGUUCCCUCCCACCGUCGCCCUAACCCCCAUCGUCGCCAGCUGGAUCGGCAACAAGAAGACCAAGGACGGGGAGUGA